AUGAGCUGUCUAGCUUACAUUAUAUCAGUAUUUUUAAUUGUGGCUACUGUAAUUUACUUCUAUGUGAAGAAGAAGUAUUCAUAUUUUGAGAAAAAUGGUGUUCCUUACAUGCAGCCUUCAUUUCCACUUGGAAACUUACAAGGAAUGGGUUCGAAGUAUCACAUGUUUGAUGUCAUGAUGAAUUCAUAUAAUAAAUUAAAAGGGAAAGGAAACAUUGCAGGAUUUUACAAUAUUUUUGAACCAACUUAUCUCGUUACUGAUUUAGAAGUACUAAAGGAAAUAACAGUUAAAGAUUUUAAUAAGUUUGUCAACCGCGGAGUUUUCGUCAAUGAAGAAAAUGAGCCUUUGACUGGUCAUUUGUUCUCUAUUGAAGAUGAUCGUUGGCGUUUUAUUAGAAACAAGUUAAGUCCAGUAUUUACAUCAGGCAAGUUGAAGAAUAUGUACUCUACGAUCAGCAAUUUAGGCGGUAACUUAAUAAAAGCAAUCGAAAGAAAAACAAAGAAUGGUAAAAUUCCAGUUGAUGCCAAAAAUGUCGCGAAUCGUUUUACAGUCGAUAUAAUAAGUUCUGUGGCAUUUGGAAUGGAUUCAGACACACUUAAUGAUCAACAUCAAGAACUGUUGGAUAUUUUUAAAGAAGUGUUUGGUGCUGAUGGACCUAGCUCAUUUUACUUUUUCUUCUUAUUUGCAUUCCCAAAGUUAUCAAAGUUUUUGAAACUCCGUCAAUUCAGUAAGAAGCUUUCCGACUUUUUCACUAAUAUUGUUGGUAAAAAUAUAAAAUAUCGCGAAGAUAACAAAGACAAUCGAAGUGACUUCUUAAACAUGUUGAUCCAAUUGAAGAACAAAGGAUCAAUUGACGGUGAAUUUUCAACAGAAACUAAGAAAUUGACUCUUAAUGAGAUCCUAGCUCAAGCUUUCUUGUUUUUCUUUGCUGGUUCUGACACUUCAAGUACCACAAUUUCUUUUGGACUAUCAGAGCUUGCAUUUCAUCAGGAUGUCCAAGAUAAACUUAGAGCUGAGAUUUCGGAAAAAACAAAAGACACAAAUGGGGAAAUUUCUUAUGAAGCUUUACAUGAAAUGACUUACUUGAACCAAGUUGUUAAUGAAUCACUCAGAAUGUACACUCCAGGAUUUGCCAUAAUUCGACAAGCUAAUGAAGAUUAUAAGGUUCCUGAUUCAAACAUUACAAUUGAAAAGGGACAGAUGGUAUUUAUUCCUACAAUUGGAUUCCAUUACGAUGAGCAAUUUUGGAAUAAUCCAACAAAAUUCGAUCCUGAACGGUUUACUCAAGAAGAAAUUGCGAAGAGACCACCUCAGUGUUAUUUCCCAUUUGGUGAAGGCCCUAGAAACUGCAUCGGAAUGAGAUUCGGCCUUGUUAAUGUCAAGUAUGGAAUUGCGACGAUCAUCAAAAAUUUCAAGGUCACGCCAGAUGCAAACAUGAAAUAUCCAAUGAAAAUGGAUCCAAAGAAUCCACAACUAGAACCAAAGGGUGGAUUUUUGUUAAAUUUUGAAAAAGUUUAA